AUGUCUUGGAAAGACACAAAUAAACACCUUUCAAUCCUGCGCAAUGCGGCAGCAGGCCAUUACGGCGUCAUCGCCGCAAUAGCCUAUAACAUGGAGCAAGUCCUGGGCUUAGUCCGCGCUGCCGAGAGAGCCCGCUCACCACUCAUCAUUCAAUUCUUCCCGUGGGCUAUCCAAGCAACGGACGGCUUGCUAGUACGCACCGCUGCAGACGCCGCGAAACGGGCAACCGUUCCUAUCAGCAUCCACCUCGAUCACGCGCAGUCCGAAGAAAUAAUCAAGAAAGCUGCAGAUCUUCCCUUCGACAGUAUAAUGGUUGACAUGUCGCAUUAUGAUAAAGAGGACAACUUGGCGAAAACACGCGAGCUGGUGCAAUACUGCAACGCACGUCACAAGGUGACUGAAGCGGAGCCUGGUCGUAUCGAGGGUGGAGAAGAUGGGGUCAUGGAUACGGCGGGGCUUGAGGCGUGUAUGACAACUGCCGAGGAGGUGAAUGAGUUUGUUGGUACAGGCGUGGAUGUGCUCGCGCCUGCAUUUGGUAAUGUUCAUGGUGAAUAUGGGCCCGAGGGACCUCAGCUUGACUUGAAAAGGUUCGAGAAUAUUCGUGUUCAGGCAAAUGGUCGAGUUCAGCUUGCUCUUCAUGGUACCAAUGGGUUUGCUCCCGACCUGAUGAAGCAAUGUGUUGCUGCUGGCGUUACCAAAAUAAACGUUAACAAACUAGUCUUGGAUGAUUAUUAUGACCAUCUCAGGGCGAAUGUGGCGAAAAUGCCGCAUACUCAGCUUAUUGAGGAAGGUAUUCAGAAGGUGGCGGAUCUGACGAUCAAAUGGAUGGAAAUUUCUGGCUCAGCAGGGAAAGCAUGA